AUGGCGACGCAGCUCAUGACGACCACGACGACCUCGAUGGCGACAACGGUCGACGUGGAGAAAAAGUCGAUGACCUCCACGACCACCGUCGCGACCAAGAACUGUAACAACAACAACGACUGCAUCGCGACGCAGGUGGCGCUCGAACUGAAGGCCCUCGCCAUCAAGCAAGCCAAAACCUCCGAGAACGAGAACGAGAAGCUGGCGCAGCCCAUCCCUUCCUCCCCUCGACCACUUCCCGAAGAAUUGCGCUACCGACCACACACCCAGGAGAAAUGGCGAGAGUCGUUGAACGGGAAUUACAAUGUAACACAAAAGAGCCUGGGCGAGGGCGCCUCCGGCAAAGUCAUCCUGGCAGCGGAUCGGCGCAAUGGGAGCGUGGUGGCGGUGAAAGUUGUGCCCAAGGGGCGCCUACGCCCCGACCAGCUGGAGCGCAUACGAAGAGAGUACUCCAUCAUGAACCAGGGGUCAAGAGAACUGAAGCUGUUCGCUCUUCAGGUGUCGCACAAGCACCUCAUCAGCCUGGUCGAAGUCGUGGAGAACCCGCAUGAGAUCUGCAUCGUCAUGGAGUACGCCGCCGACGGCGAUCUAUUCUCGCUCAUCUCGGGGUCGGCCAACGAGCGACUGGAAGAGGACGAAGCGCGCGACGUCUUUCGGCAGGUGGCCAAGGGCGUCCGCCACCUGCACCAACGCGGCUUUGUGCACCGCGACAUCAAACCAGAGAACAUCUUCAUGUCGGACGGCCGAGCAAUCUUGGGCGACUUCGGGUACGGCAUGCAGUACGACAACGACAUGCCUUCCUCCACCAGCGUGGGCUCGCUCCACUACGCCUCACCCGAGGUGAUACUGAAGGAGUCGACCUACAUCGGACCCGAGAUCGACGUCUGGUCGCUCGGCUGUGUGCUCUACGCGAUGGUCUGCGGCUACACCCCGUUCCAGGGCGAGACCGUGAAGGACACCAAGCUGGCCAUCGUGCGUGGAUUCCUCGAAUUCCCGUCAUUCCUCAGCAGCAAGGUCCAGUCGCUCAUCCGCUGCAUGCUCGACCACGAUGCCGGUCAGCGGUAUACGAUCGACCAGGUGCUGGCGCACGAAUGGACCCAUCGGGAGAAGCGAUUGAAGCGACAAGAGACCGCCGAAACUAUCAUCGCCGCAGCCAAGCAACUGGGCGCUACUGAGGCCGCCACUGAGGCCACCACGGAUGACGCCACUACCACCGCCAGCAGCAUUACCGGCUCCGUGCCCAUCGGCGACAGCGCAGCUGAGAGACCCGCCGACCCGCUGUCCGUCACUUGGUGCUUCGACUCGACGCCGGACUACAUGGCCGAAGCCUGGUCGGCCUCCUUGUCGUCUUCGUCGUCGGCCUCGUCGUCGGCCUCAUCCUCCUACGGCGCAAUCCCGCUCCCGGCGCAACAGGAGCACCGCGCGUCGACCCUGCGCGCCCUGCUCCCGCGCCUGCCGCUGGCCAAGCUGCGCCAGCUGUGGCAGGGCGACAAGGGCGGCCGCCUCUCGCCCGGCACGCUCUCGCCCACGUCGCCCUCGACCGGGUCACCCUCGCCCAAGACCUCGCCCUCGUCGCUCACCUCGUCGCUGGCCUCUUCGCCCCGCACCUCCUCGCCCCGCACCAGUUCGCCGAAGAUGAGCAGCAAGGCCUGGAACGAGGGCCGCCUGUCCUCGCUGCUGGGCGAGCGGAGGAGCACCUGCCCCGAGCUGCCCGCUGCGGCGUUGGCCGCGGCCGUGGCCUCGGUCUCUGGCUCUGGCUCUGGCUCGGACUCGGCCCCGCACCAGGCCGGGUCGUCGGACGACGACAAAGCCGGCCGGCACCGACGGAACACAACAUCGCCGCGCCUGAUGCUGACCUCGCCGCGCAAGGCGUUCGCCAACUUCACCGACAAGAUCAUGUCGCCGCGACGGAAGGGCUCCAAGGGCUCAUCGGCGGCGCCGUUGUCUUCGUCGGCCCCGAGCGCGCCCGAGAGCUGCUUGGAGGUGCCGCCGUCGCCGCCGUCGCCGCCGUCGGGCUCCCGGCGCGCCCGAUCGCCCCGUCACGUACUUUUCCACAGCGACGCGUACUCGGCCACCCUCAACGAGAAGGGCAAGGAGCGAUGCGGCGAUAGCGGCAGCACCAGCAGCGCCUCAUCGGGCGAGCACGUUACCUUCGUCCUAUAA